AAGAACAUUGGCCAACCACCACUUUAGAGGAAGAGAAGUGGCGCUGUGAGAGAAGAGAGAGCACAGUUAUCAAACCCUACACCGUCUUCAUGUCUUGUAUCGAUGUUCGAUGAAAGGUGAUGAUUCUGACAGAAUCAUCUUCUGCUGGGGUGGAUGGACUAAGUGCUGGAUGACAACUCGAACAAGGUCUCUUGUGAGCUGCUGGUUUAUCAGUAGAGGACUAGAUGGAGGAGGUAGCAGAGACUGCACAGCUGAGGCAACCAAAAGUUCAGGAUGGUGGUACCCCAGUCCGUCACUCAGAAACCAAGCGUUACAGCGAGAUAUUACGCGAUUUUGAUGCUAAUUUGGAUCUGUCAUUAACAUGCUCGACUGUGGAUGAGCUUCUACAAGAAGCAGACUCACUGUCUUUAACAGACACCUCGGCAGACACCACACUCAAUGCUGAUCUGGACGAUAUUACAGGUGAAGAUGUGGAGUCGUUGAAGAUCUGCCGUGAAGAGGAGGAAAAGGAUGGAGGCAUAUCUGCCCAGGAUGCCGACCUGACCCUCUGUCGCUGCGAGGGUGGCGUGGAGCUUGCCCUGCAGUACGCCAAAAUGUGGUGCCGUUAUGCCAAAGACCUGCUGACCUGGAUGGACAAAAGAAUCAGCCUGGAGCAAGAGUUUGCAAAGAGUAUUAUGAGAGCAGCAGAUGCAGCCAAGUCAUGUGUUGCUCAACAGGACAUGAUGCCUCUGCAGUAUAUCUACACCCUGGCCCUGGAAAAUGAUCUCAAAAGCAGCACAUCAGCCAAACAAACUGCUGAACUCAUACAACAGCGCUGCUACCAGGCUCUCUCAGCUAAGAAGAACGAAAUCGACAAAUGGCGACGGGAAUUCAAAGAGCAGUGGUCAAAAGAACAGAAGAGGAUGAACGAUGCUGUGUCUGCACUGAAGAGGGCACGACAGCAAUACCUGCAGCGCUGUGAGGAGCUGGAGAAGGCCAAAGCCAUGACGGCCAAAGCCGAAGAGGAGACAGGGGGUAACAAGACCCUGGACAAGCGGAGGAAGUCCAGAGAUGACGCCCAAACUAAGGUUACAGAGACUGAGACGCUGUACAAGCAGUGUGUGUCUGAUGCAAACAACCAUCAAAAAGAGCUGGAGAAGGUGAAGCGCAAAAUCAUUGUCCACAUCCGCAAGCUCAUCUGUCAAGGAGACACUGUGCUGAAAGAGGCAACGGUGAACAUGUUCUAUUACCAGCGGCAGCAGACUGAGCCGGUUCCUCUGGCCUACCAGAACUUGGAGCUGACCUGCAGGCCCUGUGAGCCAGGUGAACCCUACCUGCAGUACAUCCUGGGAAAAGGCAUGCCCGACCAGCCUCUCCAGAACUUCAUGUUCCAGGAGUUCAUCCCCCAAAGCAGGAGAUCCCCACAAACAGGUCGGCGUAAACAAAGCACUGCUCUGAGUUACCAACAAGAUUUUUAUGCGCUACCAGAUGAUCUGAAACACAGCAGCAGUUUAGUAGAUGGCCGACGGCCUGGCCACAGUGACCGAGACAGCACAGGAGGAAGUCUUGAAUCACUGUCCAGUCCAGCUCAUGGGAGCCGUAAGCUGCCCAAGGCCUCCUCCACAGGAACCAUGUCUUCAGAUGAUCUUGAUGAGAACGUUCUGCAAGAAGCAGAGAGCGAAGAGGGUUUAUCUGAUAGCAACGGAAUGUCAUGCAAACCACGAGCUGCAUCACGUGCCGCCUUGACCCACAGACUGAGAAAAAUGAAGAGCAAGAUGGUCAAGUGUAAGCAAUGUGACAACUACAUCCUGGUCAACGGGAUUGAGUGUGAGGAGUGUGGCCUUGCAGUCCACAGGAAGUGCCUGGAGGUGUGCCAGAUGGAGUGUGAGCACAGGAGGGGAUUCAUCUUUGGGAUGGAGUUCUCCCUGCUGCCCAGAGAGAUCCCAGACUCUGUGCCCUUCGUUGUCCUGCGCUGCACCGAAGAGAUUGAGAACAGGGCUCUUGGAGUCCAGGGAGUGUACAGAAUCAGUGGCUCCAAACCUCGCAUUCUGAAGUUAUGUCAGGCCUUUGAAAUCCAGAAAGACCAAGUUGACCUUAGUGACCUCUCACCGCAUGACAUCACCUCCGUACUCAAGCACUUCUUCAAAGAGCUUCCAGAGCCGUUACUCACCUUCGACCUUUACAACGAAUUCAUCAACGCGGGUAAGGAGAUUCAGAGGCUUAGUGAAAAGGACAAUGCUGCCGAAACUGUAGGGAUUGUGGAGAGUAUUGUGGUCAAACUCAGAGAGCUAACUGGUCGAUUGCCUCUGUGUAACUACAACACAGUGCAGCACAUGAUGGCCCACUUGAACAGGGUGGCAGAACAAUACGAAGACAACAAAAUGUCUCCAGGAAACCUGGGCAUCGUGUUUGGCCCCACACUCCUGCGGCCCCUGGUGUCGGGGGACGUGUCGAUGAUCGCUCUUCUGGAAACCAGCUAUCAGGCUCUUCUCGUGGAGUUCAUGAUCUCACACUAUGACCAAGUAUUCGGCUCCGCAACAAGAUCCAGCACACCUCCGCCACCGCCUCCCACGGCACCCCUCCCAGACACCCCACCCAGAGCGACAUGUCCCGUUUCUCCUGCCAGCAGUUCCUCACAGGACCCCGGAGCCGCGUCCAGGGAACGUCCACGCUCACUGGAGAAUCGCACUAUCAAGAGAGAUUCAAGCGAGGGUUAUAUUUCUGACAAGUCAUCAUCCAAUGAAGCAAUGGACCAGCUGAGCCCAGAAGCCAAUGAGAGAGCAGUCCUGGCUAUGAGGGCGACAGCAUCUCCUCAGGGGCAUCUGGAGCAGGCUGCAGAAAGUCAACUACAAACUCAGUCGAGGGGUCACUUCAGCAGGCAGCCAGUCAAGUAUUACCGACAGGGUUCGGCAGGAGCACAAUUACGCAAAGCAGGCUCUCAGUCGCAGGACGAGGACAAUUCUGGGAGCGUGGAAGGACUUGUGUCAGGAAGUGCAGACAGCAGCCGCAGCUCCUCUCCUGAUCCUGAGACCCCCAUAAAAACUCACUCACGAUUACACGAGACCCCUGGCCCACAGAAUAAGACUGGAUACACCCCUGGGAGUCAGACUGCACCUCACGCAGGGGUAAAAAGGACGGUUUCGGAUGAGGGGGUUAAAGCAGUAGCUUCUUCAUUCAAAGAACAUGUGGGCCAAAUAGACCAACGAAAUACCAACCAAUCGAACAACACCCUGGGGGGGAGAGAGCGCCUGAUCCGAUCCUUGAGGAGGCAUCCGACGGAGGAGAGAACAGCACAGAAGGUUCUGUCUGGACUAAGGCUAAAACGCAGUGAUUCGGGGAAGGGCGAGCAGCUCCAUUUUGUUUGACACUGACUGAGGCAGAACUAAUAUGUUUACUUCACAGAUGGGGUUCCUUAAAUUCACUGGAUUAAAUCCCAUUUUAGGCUGUAAAGCCACAGAAUUUGG